CGCAACAACGGACCACGGGCACGGAGGAGUCUGCCGCUGAGGUGCUCGAGGUCCUUCGUGCUCGCGUUUUCCGCUGUGUAAUUCCUUGCCAAGAUGCCUCACGUGGACUUCCUAGGGGCGCGGACUCGUAGGUGAUUCCUGUGAAGCUCCCUGCGCGCGCCAGAGACCGAAGUGCUCCAGACAGCGGGGUUCUGGCCGUCCAAAUACAUGCAGACUCUAAGAGUAUGAUGUCCUCUCCGAGCUUUGUCAGUGAGAGUGUUACAAACGGCCAGAGGAAAAGGUUCUCGUCGGGCACGCCGGAUUGUCCUCACCUGCAUAAGAAAAUUUGCAGACAGACAGACAUGAUGGAGAGUCAAAAGUUGGCAAAUUUUUCGAUGGCGCCCAACGGAGUGAACAAGGCGACCGUGCUGGGCUCCAAGAAGCAAGGCAACGAAAAGAAGAUAUUGGCCAUCAAAAACUUCAGAGUCCAUAACCAGCCAGCUGUCGACCACAUUGCUGAGUCAUGGCGUUUUUUAAGGGAAGCUGUUGUUGCCAUACAGGAAUCAAGAAAGUUACGGGACAACCUCACACAAGAGGACUUGUACCGCUAUGUUGAUAACCUCAUCACCCAACGCCCACCAGCAAUACUCUAUGCUGACCUCAGAGAUCUGACGGAGCAGCAUAUUAAGUCACGACUGAAUCAGUUCCUAAGUGCUACCAGUGACCGCCAAACAUUUCUACGUCAAUUGAAUGACUGCUGGACCCAUCAUUGUCACCAGAUGAAGAUGGUGUGCAACAUUUUUCUAGCUCUUGACAGAGGUUAUGUUCUUCAAAAUGCUCAGGUUUCUUCAAUAUGGGACAUGGGUCUAGAAUUGUUUCGAAAGCAUAUUUUAGAAGAGGUAGUUGUAGAAAACCGGUGUGUUGAUGGCCUAUUGAUGAUGAUUGAAAAAGAACGGUCAGGAGAAACCAUCGAUAGAUCCCUUGUCAAGUCCCUCCUUAGAAUGCUGUCCUCGCUACAAGUGUACCAUAAAGUUUUUGAAAACAAGUUCUUGAUGGCAACUGAGCAACUCUAUUUACGUGAAGGACAACGUCUCACCCAAGAUAGAGACGUUCCACAGUACCUCCUGCAUGUGGACAAGAGGCUUACAGAGGAAAACAACCGAGUUCUUCAUUAUUUAGAUAUGUCCACCAAACGACAGUUGAUAUACUGUGUGGAGAAGCAGCUGCUAAGUGAACACAAAUCUCUCCUGCUCCAGAAGGGACUGGAUUCUCUCUUAGACCAGAACCGUCGCCAUGACCUUAGUUUGUUGUAUAAUCUCUUUUCACGCAUCAAGGGUGGCCUUGAAGACUUGUGCACUCAGUUUAAUGCUUAUAUUAAGUCAUAUGGGAAAACCAUUGUGAUUAACCCAGAGAAAGAUAAGGGAAUGGUGCAAGAACUGCUGGACUUCAAAGACAAGAUGGAUGGCAUUGUUUCAGAAUGCUUUGGCACCUCUGAUAAGUUUGUCCUUGCUCUUAAGGAAGCAUUUGAACACUUUAUCAAUCAGAGGCUAAACAAGCCAGCAGAAUUAAUAGCCAAGUUUGUAGACAGCAAGCUUAGGGCUGGCAACAAGGAAGCAACAGAGGAUGAAUUAGAGCGCCUUCUUGACAAGAUAAUGGUUCUCUUCAGGUUCAUCCAUGGCAAAGAUGUAUUUGAAGCCUUCUACAAGAAGGACUUGGCGAAAAGAUUGUUAGUCGGAAAGUCUGCCAGUGUUGAUGCAGAGAAGAGUAUGCUGAGCAAGCUGAAGCAAGAAUGUGGCCCUGGUUUCACAAGUAAACUAGAAGGCAUGUUCAAGGAUAUGGAACUUUCCAAAGACAUUAUGCUUGCCUUCAAACAGAAUUCACAUGUGAGCAGCACUCCAAUGGAGCUCAAUGUCAACAUACUGACCAUGGGAUAUUGGCCAAAUUACCCUGUGAUGGAGGUCAACAUGCCUCCAGAAAUGGUGAAUUAUCAGCAGAUAUUCACCAAGUUUUACCUUGCCAAACACUGCAAUAGAAAGCUUCAGUGGCAACCAACACUUGGUCACUGUGUUUUGAAAGCAGCAUUUCCUCAUGGGCCUAAGGAACUUCAAGUAUCCCUUUUCCAGGCCUUAGUGCUUUUACUCUUCAAUAAAGUUGACACUCUAUCUCUAACAGAAAUAGCAACAGGCACGAAUAUUGAGGAUGGUGAACUUCGUCGCACACUGCAGUCCUUAGCAUGUGGCAAGGCAAGGGUACUACAGAAAAACCCUCGAAGCAAGGAUGUCCAUGAUGAUGAUAAAUUCCUUUACAACAAGGAGUUCACCAAUCAACUCUUCCGCAUCAGAAUUAACCAAAUCCAAAUGAAGGAAACGAGUGAAGAGCAGCAACAGACAGAGGAAAGAGUAUUCCAAGACCGGCAGUAUCAAAUUGAUGCUGCCAUUGUUCGGAUCAUGAAAAUGAGGAAAGUCCUGCCACAUAACCUUUUGAUCACUGAACUGUACAAUCAGUUGAAGUUUCCAGUUAAACCUGCAGACCUGAAGAAGAGGAUAGAGUCCCUCAUCGACCGAGACUACAUGGAGCGAGACAAAGACAACCCCAACACCUACAACUAUGUGGCAUAAUUCAUCCCACAUGUGCUGCUGGUAUCCUUGUGAUAUUUCUGUAUCAUUAUAACAAGAAGUGAACAUUGUAACUUACUGGUAGAUGAUGAGUUAGUUAUGAGUCUGUGUAAUAUUACUUAACAUGUAACACAUUUAAAGCAUUAACUGCAAAUGAACUGUUUACAUCUCUGAGAUAACAUAAGAUUAUUGUGUCCUUUCCAAAAUUACCAAAGAAAUUCGUGGGAAAUUUGCAAAUGAAUUACAGACAGGAAAUAUCCAUUCCCUUCUGCGUAAACUGACACUAGGUGAGGAUAAAGGACUUUACAUCAUAUUGCUUGAAGGCACUAGAGAUUUCUUCUGUUUGUCAUAGUUCUGAGUGACCGCAUUGCAAUUCACUGUUUGUAAUAGCAUGCUAUUUUACUUUCUCCUCAAUUGUCAAUGUACUGUACUUUUUAAAGUUAUUUUCACACAUAGAUACAGAAGGUUGAGUUGGAUAUGGAAAUCGAACCUUCUUCCUCCUUUCCCCAGAGGUCAAAACUCUGAGAAAAAUCCUGUGCCUGUUCAGGGUUCAGUUUGCCCAAGCACGUAUGUUUUGUUGCGGGAAUGGCUGUAUAGAAUGCAUAUUCAUGAUGUGUGUGUGUGUGUGUGUGUGUAUAUGUGUGUGUGUGUGUUUACCUAGUUUCAGUAUACAGGAUUUGAGCUCAAGCUUGUUCUGUCAUGUCUCCUAAUUUGUUUUGUCCAGCUUUAUUUUGAAUUCAUAAGUUAUUAACUCUUAAUUAUCAAUGUAUCCAGACUUCCAAGUAUCAAUGAUUCUAUUGGGAAGCCAUACUGUCUGCAUCAUAUUUUUCUCAGAUUAAUUCAUGUCCCCUUGUCCUUCCACUAUCCCUUACCAUCAAGUCUUUCUUGUCUACAUGCUCCAGGCCCUUUGUGAGUUUAAAUUCACCGCUUUUCUUUCUUGCAAUAUAGGCAGCUCCGGUUUGUACAGUUUCUCAUUAUAUUGCAUUUCAUUUAAGCUUGGUAUAAUUUUACUUGCCACUCUUUACAUUCUUACUAAUUUGUGUAUGUUUUUUCAGCCGAAGUGAUAUGAUGUUAUAUCAAGGGCUUGGCCUGUUUGGUCUAGGGUGGACUAACCGAAAAGCAUGUCACACUGAAAAUAUUAUAUUACACAAUAUAUUAAAAAUAAAGCAGAACACAACACAAGUGCAAGUGAAAUGAAGGCGAGCAUCAGGUUACAAGCACUUGGGAAGAAAACAGACAGACUAAGCACAGCAAGCACACCUACUCCCAUCCAGGCAACUCAACACAAACUCCUCACUCUCCCCUUUAACACAAAGCAAACAUAUAUGUCGAUAUACAAUACUGGGCAGAGAACAAUAAAAACAUUAACCCUUGCUCGUAACACAAACCCAACACAGCACCCUGCCUGAUGCUGCACUCGUACUCGCACUGCGGCCACAUCCUAAGCUCAGAGAGGGAGAGAGAGUGAUAGAUCACCCUUAAUAUAUAUAUAUAUAUAUAUAUAUAUAUAUAUAUAUAUAUAUAUAUAUAUAUAUAUAUAUAUAUAUAUAUAUAUAUAUAUAUAUAUAUAUAUAUACACACACACACACACACACAUAUACCUUGUGUGUGGUAGGGUGGCAUAUGACCCUGAAGUUGGAGUACCAUGGAAGAAAUUUGUUGAUGAACUAGUCUGUUGUGCAGCAGAUACAAAUAACUUGCCUUAACCUAGGGAAUCUUUCACAGUUUAUCACUAAAUAUUACACUUUAUUAACAAGUGACAUUGAUUGCCAUAAUCACACUGCAGCUGCAUAUUCUAGUCUUAAUCUUAUCAUAGAUGUUAUCAAUAUUAGCAUUUUUUUUCUAUAUAUAAUUAAAUACCACACUAGUAUUUGUCAACAACCUAAAGCAUUCCAGUUAUUUAUAUGCUUUUAUGGAGAAAGGUGGUUUUGUUAUAUCACUCCUAGGUCUUUCAUAGUUUUCUUUGCUAAGAGCCUCUCUCCCUAUAUUAUACUUCUAUUUGGGUCUUUCCUUACUCUUCCAUUUCUAAAAUGUAACAUUUCUUAGUAUUAAAGUACAUUUUUAGUACUUAACUCUAGUGAAGCAAUUUAUCUAAAGCCUUUUGUAGUUCUUUACAAGAAAUGCCUUUUAUUAACUUCACAAGUUUUGUGUUAUCUGCAAACAGAUUUGUAUAGCUUGUUAACCCAUUUGUUAAGUCUUUGGCCUACAUCAGAAACAUAAUUUGCUAGUACCAAACUUUCCUGCACUGCUUGUUAUUGUCCUCCAUGAGGAUGCCCUGUUCAUUAUGACCUCUCUCAUCUGUCUUUCUGUCAAGUAACUCUCCAUCCACUUGAACUAAUUUCCCUGCACUCUUCCUUAGGUUUUCUGUUUCCAAAGGAGUCUUCUGUAGCACUGUCAAAGAUUUUAUUUUUAAUAUCUGGGUAGAUGCUGCUCUGAUACCAGAAAAUUUUCUUUCAGGAGCCAAAUCUAUAUUCUUUAUGAUUCACAUGGGUCACAAUCAAACUUGUUAGUGAUACCAGCCUGUGGUUAAGUGGAGUUUUUUUUAUCCUUGUUCCCAUGUUUAGUGGGUGCUGGUUUGUGCUUAGCUCUGUAAAAGUUUCUUCUCUUAUAAAGACCAUUUGCAAUCUUUCAUUCAUGGUUUCACAUAUAUCUUCCAUUUUCUCAAAUGUGUUACUUACCCUUAAGUGAUCCCUUGCUCUCAUUUUGCUGUUUACAAAUCUAAAAUAAUCUAGAUUCAUCUUACCAUUUAGUUGCAAUUUUCUUUUCAUAAUUUCUCCUCAUCAUAUCUCCAAAUAUUACUUCCCUUAUGUUGUACCUUAUCACUUCAUUCCAAACUUUAUUCCUAUUUUCAAAUGCCUCCUGGCAUCUGUUGUUUAACCAUUCUUUUAAUUUCACAAAAGGGGUUAAAUACAGAGGUAUAUGUAUCUUCUCACUCCUUUUUGGUAGAUAUUCAUAAAAAAUGCCAUAUUUACUGUUGACUCCACCCUUUGCCCUCAUUUAACUUUUUCAAAAUACUUUUAAGUUUGCACUUCUGUAACUGUGCUGGUCUUACUUGUGUACCUCAUCUCUUUCUAAUGCACAUCCCAAGGACACUUCCAUUUCAAUCAUCAGGUUUUCACCCUUCCCCAGAGGCCAUAUAUGCAGUACUUUCCCAAGUUUCGCGAUCCUUGAGUUUCGCGCUCAAUCCUAAAUUCUUCUGUCCACCCAGCAGUGAAUGGGUACCAGUUAUUAAUCAGGGGUUGUGUCCUGUCUCCUGGGAUCUGUUCCCUUCUAUAAUUCCUUCCCCCUCCUGUCUCUCUCCAGCAUAUGACCACAGAUGUUGCGCCGACUAAACAAAACUUUCCAACGUUCCUAAAUUCUUACCAUCCCGACUUUUGCGCAUUAUCGCCUCAAGUUUCACGCUGCUUUGACAUAUACGGGUCACCUCUACUUACCGUCGGCGUCACGUAUGCUGCCGUAAGGCUGUGUCACACUGGCCAUUUUCCUUCAACUGAUGGGGCUGUUGGCAACUGCAGUUGCCCGUGUGCCCAACUGGGAACGAGUUGUCAGUUGUCCGUACGGAUGGAAAACAGAUGGGGGUACAAGCAACCGCGGGGCUGUAUGUAAACAAACAGAUGACGGCAGUGGCUGAGGAGUGAGGAGAGUUGGAAAAUGGCCAACCAAGAAACUCGAUAAGUAGACAGGCAGAGCUGCUUUGUUUACUAUUUAAUCGAUACAGGGCAACGGCUUUGUUUACGUUGUGAAUACGGACAACCAACCUAGGCCGUGUGUGAUGCACACCCAGUAAAGUUGGAGUUACCAGUAGCCCCUAUCACCAACGUGGUUGGAGGAAAAAGGCCCAGUGUGACACCAGCAGCUUAAUGGCAUGGUCACACAAGCUAGUUUCUCGGGAAUUUUCCACGAAAAUUGUCUCCCGACAAUUUUCUGCUUCAAAUUUAUCCUCAAGUUGGUCACAUAGAGGACUGUUGCAUUCUGGGAUAUAUCAGCUGAAAAGCAAAACAAACAAUGGAUCCAGACAUUGCAGAGUUUGCUUAGUGGUGUUUGCUGAAGAAAAAGAAAAAAAAUGAAAAGAAAUCAUUUAUUGGUUCGUGAUUGGUUAGCUUGGAGACAAAGGGAGAGUGUGUUACAGCUUGCUACCGUUAAAUUGCUACGAGAACUUAACAGUGAGGACCCAGACACGAUGAGGCAGUGGCUACACUUGGAUGAGACUCAAGUCCAAGACCUGCUCAACCUGAUUACUCCAGGCUUAUCUAACUUGUGGAACUCAUUGUGGUACUGGAAUAAACACGCGGAUAGUUACUGAACCGAUCAGCUGAUACGCUCUUCUUCUUGUGACCACAACUUACCGACCUCACGAGAAAAUAACCAAUAUGCUGGUGACUGAGUUUCUGACUAGAAUUUCAAUGAGUUUUUCGUGAAAUGCAGCUGACUUUGAGUCUCUGUACAAAUUUCUCAAAAAACUAGCGGUUGGGUGACCGUGUUCACACAUGCUGGGGUGAGAUUCCGUGGUAAAAGCUACAAACUAAUGAUUUAACUAUCAACGUUGACUUCAGAUUCACAAAGCUUUUGUUUCAUCAUAGUUAGAGGCCGCUGAUUGGAUGAGCGCCGUCAAUGAUGUCAUCAGACAAGGCGAAUCACAAGUGUGUUUUCAAAACUGUUAGCCAAUCGUAAGGCAGCCAGCUGCCUUCAACUGUGGCUUCAAAAUGACUCGUUCUCUCUUCACAUUUUCUUCCUUUUUACACAGUAAGUCUUUUGAAAUAACAUGGGAGUAAAGUGGAAAAAAAAAGUCAGCUUCUCCAUGGGCCAGAACAAAUAAGUGCUUUUUCAGUGUUUUCAAUACCCCGAGUUUUGCGAUCCGCGAGUUUAGCGCUAUACCUGCGGAACGAAGCAAGCGCGAAACUCGGGAGGGUACUGCACAUAUCUCCCACUUUGUGUGAGUCACUAGUAAGCAAGCCCAAUCUUGAGUGUCUUCAAGUGCUCUUAUUCUGUAUUUUCCUUUACAUGUUGGGCAGCAAAUUAUUCAAUGCCAAUUUGAGUAACCUUCCCCAAGAUUCCUUAUUUUUUCCUGCUAGUUCUUCCUAAUUUGCUUCUUUACAAUUGAAGUUGCCUGCCAAUAUCCCUCAUGUUGCUCAAGUUUAGGAUCCUUAGUACAUCCAAGGUUUCACUUUUCUGAGAUUCAUGUUCUUGGCAUGUCUUUUCUGCAGUAGGUGGAGGCACAUAAACCAUUGCAAUGCAAUUUACCAUAUAAUUCAUUCUCUAAUGCCAGUACCUCUGCCACAGUGUCACCUAGCUCAACCCUUUGUGUUCAGACUUCUGUGCUAGACAGUAUUAUUACUCCUCUACUACUACUACUGCAUCAGUAUCACCCAGCUUGGUCUGAAUGAGAUAACAUUUGACAUUUCUGGCUUAAUGUAGUCAAAGAGUUUCAGUUUCUUUAAUAAAAUCCCAUUAACAUUACUGUCACGAAACACUACUUUACGCUUGUUUCUUUACACAGUUGAUCUCACUAGUUUUCUUUCUUUUGCAAUAUAUUCAUGACUUCAUGCAGCCGAGCUUUCAACCCUUAACUGUUCUACGAUAUCCUUAAAUUCAUGUUUCCCUCUUCUCCAUGGUGAAACAUCCUUUGCAUGCUCUCAUUGGCAUCGCUAACUGACUCAACUUUCUUAACUGUCAUGCAUUUUUUUUUCAAAUUGCAUUUUCCUUUCUCAGUUUAUCGGUUUUAUUCUUGGACUCCUAAUUUCCCUUUUGUAAUCUUUUUAAUGGCUUCCUUAUACUUACCUCAGUACCUGAAUAUUAUCACAAAUUCAUCACCACUUCCAUCUAUUCCCAUUUUUAACCAUGUCAGCUGCUCUUCCUGUUCUAUGAUACACUUUGCCUGCAUGGCCAUGUGGCCAUCCAUGUUAAAUUCAUCAAAAUUACUAAUGAUCCUCAAGGGGCCACCCAUACCAGUCACUCCUUGUCAUACCCUUUCACUCCUACCCUGCAAUUGUUCAUUUUUUUUAUUUUUUUACCACCUGCAACUUUUCAAGGAGAUAACAGAGUUAGAACAUCAAUACUUGGACCUGAAGUAACCCAAAUUACUUUACACAAGCUGAUAAUUGAUAUGGAGACUACUCAAACCCUGUCUACUUAGCUGUACUAUAUAGGCAUUUGCAGGAGCUGAUGUGGACUCACCCAUUCAUGCUGACUGCUCUGCUCUGUGUGUGUGUGUGUGUGUUUGCUUGCAUGUGUGUGUGUAAUAAUAAUCAGUUGUUUAUUGAGGGUAUUCAGCCAUGAGCUGAAAAUAUACAAAUAAAUGUAAAUAGAGUAAUGUCAGGGAAUGAUGAUUUUAAUUUACACAUGAAUGCCACAGUGAUAGAAGAAAUGAAAAGUAUAGAUAGGCAAAACAAACAAAUCAUAUUAACAAUAUAGAAUUUAGGUUGUAGUAUAUAUAAAAAGGUUGGGGGGGUGGGUUAUGCGAAGGGUGGUCAUAUGUUUGGGAAGGCGUUUAUCAGCCUCGCUAUAAAAGAGACAAUAGUAAGUCUAUCUUUUCAUGUACAAAUGAGUUGAAGAAUGUUGUCGUGUUGUGCAAGUUGGGGGAGUGAGUGAGGGGGACAGCAGGUAUCGGUGUCACUGAGGUCCCAAACCUUGUCAGAUUUGUACAAGAGGUCCUACAGGUGGGACAAUCUCAGCUGAGUAGGUGCUCUCUCAUAAGGGGUGUAAGAGAAUCUGUUUGCAGGCCUGCUUUUGUACUUUUUCCAGCUGACAGUGUUGGGUGGUAAUGAUGGAUGAGGCCCAAGCAGGGAAGGGGGGUGUGUGUGUUUGUGUAUAAAUGGCAAUUUGUCUUGCUGGGCAAUCACUCAUUCAAUGAAAACUUUUUCUUGAUGCUAUGACUUCCUUCACCCUGCUUGGCACAGGAAAUUAGAUGACAAGGAUAUUGAAUGUAAUUAUGCAAAGUACAGGAAAAUCACUUAAGUAAUGACAGUUUGUUUAAUUUUGCUUGGUCAUUCAGUGGAUUGUUGGAUAAAAGUUAAAAGUCAUAUGGAGAAAAUCUAUUUGGUAUGACCUAAAUCAUGCUGUUUUACUUAUUCAGAUUAUUAAAGUUAAAAGUCGA